CUUGACACACUCAUGCGCCAAACAUCCCGCGCCUACGAUCUCGUACUAGCCUACCCACGCGACGCUGAGGGUGGCUUGCGCUGGUAUACUUCCGACAUCCCACGUAUCCGCAAGGUGGGUCGCCAUCUUCAUCACGACAUGUGGGCGUUGAAGCAUUGGCAGCGCAAAGUCAAAGAGCAUGGAAACAUGGAUAAGAAGACGGUGCGGAAGAUUGAGAAAGACGCGGAGAAUAUGUGGGAUUUGUGUAAAAAGGUACAAAGGGUCAUUGGGGAACUUGAGCAG